AUGUCUGCAUGGGACAAGACUCCAUUUGCCGAUCGAGCCGCCUUCCAGUUCAACGACAAUAUCCAGCGAAGAGGUGGCAUAUGGGCUGGGAGCAUAGAAUGGAACAGCGCGCCCGGCCGAUCAUUAUCACGAGACGAUUACCAACCUCCAUCAAGAACUCCAUCAACCAAGUCACGAUCACCAGUCGAACUUCCAGCAGCGCCACUCUUCCGCGACGCAACAUCAUCAUGGAGUCCACCGGCUUCACCGACUACACUAACACCUCCAGACUCACCAAGCGUGGAUUCCGCUUGCGUAGUACCAUCACCAACACUCGUCUCCGUGCCACCCAAGGAGAAGCGGAAGCUGGGCGACCGACUCUACGCCGCCUCCUGUGCAGGUGAUCUCGAGCACAUCAAGCUCCUGCUAUCACUGGGCGCUGAUGUGAACUCUCGCACCAUCAUCCCAGCUCUCUACGAAUCCUUCAAGCCCGCGAAAGCCGGCUCGCUCUCGCCAUUAGCCGGCGCAACAGGGCAUGGCCAACUCGACGCCGUCAAGUAUCUCCUCGCUCAAGGCGCCAAGCUGAACCCGACUGUGAACGAGUCCUCCAGCUCACCGCUCCACAAGGCCAUUCGCGCAGACGAUAUGCACAUGACUCGGUAUCUACUAGAACUAGGAGCGGACGUCAACAGCUUCAACGCCUACAACACUACACCCCUGAUGUACGCAGUAAAGUACGGCUCUUCGCCUAUGGUCUCUUUGAUCCUAAGCUACAAGCCAGACUUCAACCAGCGAUCCUUCAUCGGUGCCUGUGCGACCCACUGGGCUGUCUGGCCGAACCGAGGCGAGAUCAUGGAAUUGCUGCUCGAAGCCGGAGCGGACAAGGAUCAGACACAAGCGGAUGGGAGUACGGUCUUGCACUGCGCGGUCCAAGCUGAGAAAGCCGAGAUCGUGGAGGUGCUCCUGAGAUGGGGAGCUGAUCCUUUGCGGAAGAACGAUGAGUGGGAGACUCCGCUUGGUGCGGCGGAGAGCGGCUCUAAUCAGGAGAUCUUGUCCAUGAUGAAGGUUGCUGUGAAGAGUAGAAGAUGA